UACAAAAUGUCUGUGUGCUGCUAUCAAAUACAGCUGAGGAAAAGGACUGUGUCUGUAUCCUGGCUCUCCUGGUUGCUUUGGUGUAGCAUGAUGCUUUCUCCUGCUUGGGGAUAUGUGAUAGUCAACUCUGUCUCCUGGUCUGUUACCAAUGAGGUGGAGGAAGAACUGGAUAGCUCCUCCAACGAGGAAGCUCUCCCUGCACUCCUGGAAGACACGACUAGCAUCUGGAAGCAGAGCUACCCGGCCUCUGUUUACAAAGAAGAUGGGCAAAUGAGGUCCAGGCCAGUGGCUGGAAGAUCCAAGCAGGUAUCCUCUCCUUCUAGGAUGUUUUCCUACAGGAGAGAGAGUGUCAAAGCGACAGACGACAGCAUUGCUCCUCUGGAGCAAGCAAUCAGAACUGCCCGUUUCCUGAGCCAUUAUAACAGCUGGGGCUUCUUGGCUACUCAGUCCACGCAGGAAAAGAUCCAAGGGAUGCCAUUUGGGAAUUAUUUACCUGUCAGUGAUGGGCCCAUAAAUAACAGCACUGGAAUCCCUUUCUUUUAUGUGACUCCAAAGGACAACUCUGUGGCAGACCUAAUGAAGAAUCCAGUGGCUUCACUGACCCUGCCAGAGGCAGAAGGAGAUUUCUGCAGCAAUGUUUAGUGCAUUUCAGUACAUUUCAACUGCAUCAGGGAAAAUGAAAUGUUUAGGCUGCUGAUGAGUUGGAGUUUGACAUUUUGGUAUCUUGGAAACCUUGAAAUGUACUUGGUUUUUUGAUGUUGUUGUUUUUGUGUAUGGCUCCGUGGCCUUAAAACAACCAGCAUAACCCACAAGGUUAGUGUUGUGACGUUACAGUAUACAUUUCUCAGUGCAAGGGUUUAAGAGGGCGGAUUGUUUUAUGUACAGGGCACUUCUUUUCCUGCUUUUGUAGAAAGAAAUCCUUUGUCAGUUCCAUUUUUAAUGUUAGAACAUCUCUGUUAAAUGUAUCAUUUGCAUUAGGAUUAACCUAAAAUUAUACAAAACAGCUAAAAUAGUAGCAGUUUAAGUAACAAAGAGUGUUCCUACUUAUGCCAGAAACUAAUUUGGUCCUAUAACUUUUUUCAUAUAGGCUUUGAUUGGACUAUAUACCUAUUCUGGUACCAUUACAAAAAUUAAAGUACACUUGAAAGCUGAUUGAUGCCUGCGAUCAGUUUUAAGGACUAGUUGGCACUCCAGUGAGGAAUGGUUUCGAGGUAUUUCACACAAAAGGAGUCUGGAUUUAGAAAGAAAACAGAGGUGGCAUUUCAAUAGUCCUUUCAUACUCAAGUAUCAAGUGACCUCUGUACUCACAUAUAAGUGUGAUGUUUCACUUGUUUAGUAGUAGACUGAAUUAAUUUUGUUUCUGACAGUAAAAUUAAAAUGUUGGUGCUAAACAUUUUCACUCCUUUCAGAACUAAGGAAUAUAGGAUAUGUUUUGAUUUUAUACACUUAUAUCUAAUCAUCUGGAAAGAAAAUGUAAAAAAGCUAACUUAAACCAAAUUAAAG